CGCCUCUCCGUUUCUGCGUUCCCCCUGCUGGAUCACAAAAAGCGUUUCGCGUCGAACACUUCAACCCACGACCAUAAGCGCGCGCUCUGAGAAAUGGCGUCUGGGGCUGGGGCGGUCCGGCGGGCCAACCAAGCCGGCACGUCGUCCACUGCGUCGUUCCAGGAGGCCCAAGCCAUCCCACACACGGGGCUUGUCGGCCGUCCUCGCAUGGAGAACAGCCCCCGCGAGCGCACUCCGCUGUCCAUGCGCCACUACCGCGCGCUGGUCGAGCUGCUCCUCGACCCAAGCGAGGCCUUGAUUCGCAUCUUAGGGGACACGACCGAGCAGUGCGAUGCAGACUACGUUGCUGGCCUUGUCAUUGUGAUUGCCGAGCACCACCGCGUCGCACCCGCGGUGCUGCAGUCGCUUGCCACAUCGAGCAUCGAGACCGCGCGCGCUCCAGAAGCGCUGUUCGAGGACGCGAGUUUCAUCAGCAGGCUGCUCUCGAGCUACGCCAAGCUUGUCAGCGAGGGCUUUCUCUUACACGCCUUCCAAGCCUCCGUUGCAAGAGUCAUGGCGCAUCCUGGAUCAUUCGACAUCAACCCCAACCGUGUUCGCGUAGCGGCAGAGCUGGAGGCCAACCAUGCCGCGCUGGAAAACGCAGCCGCCUUGUUCGUGCAGUGCUUGGAAGAGUCGGUGGAGGCGUGUCCGUUCUCGCUUCGUGUCGUCUGCCACGCCUUGUAUGUUGCGACGAUGAAGCGGUUUCCGACCAAGCCGCACGCCGGGCUGGCAAUCGUGUCCCGGUACCUCGUCACCCACCUCCUGUGUCCCGCCAUUGUUAUGCCCAACAUGUCUGGACUGAGCGAUACCUACCCUCGCAAGGAAGGCCACUCCGGGCUGGUGCAGAUUGCCAAGAUUCUGCAAACCGCCGCCCGCGGAGCCACCUUUGACGCGAGCGAAAACCUCGCGCGAUGCAACCCGCUGGUCAGAACGCUGACCGUCCGCCUGGAAGCUGUCAUGACCCAGCUGGCCAUGCCAGUCCUCGGCACACCGGAAGAGCAGCGAGCGCGACUCGACUUUUGCAACGUGGCUGUGCCGGACGAUCGGGUUUUGGCGUGCGUGGGCAGCCUGCACCUCUACCUGCAUCGCCAGAACAUGCGCAUCACCGAGUUCUUGGCCUCGUGCGACUCACAUCGCGCACAAGUCAAGGCCCAGAUUGCCGCACUCAACGAGCUCAAGAUUAUUCUCACCGAUCUCGAUGUUGAAAUGUCGCGCAUUGCACCCACCUCCAGCCACGGCUCGCCGCUGGCUCCAAGCAGCAGUGGUGGGAUCGCCAACAGCUCGGCAUCCUCACGGUUUUCGAGCAUGGAAAUCUCUGACGUCUUGACUGGCGCACUGAAACGCGACAGCUCGACGCUUGGCUCGGCAGCGCCGUCCAGCACUACCUUCUCGGCAGCAUUGCACGCACCGCCAGAAACCAGCUUCACCACUCAAAAAGAAGUGUUCCUCAACGAGUAUCUUUGCGGCGAGGACGUACGACCCCCGCUUGUGGCAGUGACCGAGUUUCUCGAACGACUCAAAACCAUCUUUACAGACCACCCGCUGCUCGUCAGUGCGAGCGAGGGGCUGCAUGCCUUCCGCACACAGCGUGCUCCCGUAUCGUCGUCUAUUAUGGAUUUGUCCCAUGUCCAGCAACGCAUCGCCAUGGCGUCGCAGGCGUUCGAGCAGCUCCAACCGGUCUCGCAAAGGAAUUCCCUCCAGCCACCCGUUUCGGUCGACUACCACGGGUCGAUGCAUGAUUUGAACGUCAUCGACGGCGGCUCGAGGAAUCUAGCGGGCUCAAUGUCGUCUCUAGCAGGCGAGGCGGCGCUAGCCCGUGCAAUGGAAAUGAGCUCGGUUGACUUGUCAAACGGUUUCAAGGGACUGAAUGACGACGCCAACACGGCAAAUAACGCGGCCGCAGAGCAUAGCCUGUCCGUCCCGCUGAUUGGCUCACCUAAUCGCCUUUUGCGUCGAGGAUCCUCGUCAUCAUCAACAUCUUCUUCUUCUUCUUCCCACCCGUCGCCCUCGGUUGUUGGCGAAGUGACGUCCAAGCUUGGCGCCAUCAACCUGCAGGCCGUUGCCGAGAGCAUUGACUUUCAAGAGCUGCUUCUCAACUUGGCGGAACUCAAGGCCAUCAACCUUGGCCUGCUGGUCACGCCGCAGGAACAGCUGUGCUUCUGGCUUAACCUUCACCAUCUCCUUGUCUUGCAUGCCCAUGUUGUCAACGGCUUGCCCAGCAACACCAACCAGCGCAAGCGUAUGACGCGAGUAUACAAGUACAUUGUUGCUGGAAUGCCGUUCUCGUUGGAAGACAUUUUCGACGGCAUCCUCCGUGGCAAUCCCAAGGGAACAAUCAAGAAGGACGACCCGCGGUUUACGCACGUCUUGACCAAGUAUGACCCUCGCGUCCACUUUGCCAUCUCGUACCUGACCGUCUCCACGUCUCCCAUGCUCAUCUUCCACCCCGAGUCCCUUGCGUUGGAGCUGAGCGUGAUUAGCAAAGUGUUUGUGCAGCAAUCGUUCAGUCUCUCCGUUCCGCGCAAACGGGUGAUGGUUUCGUCCGUGUUUGACACGUAUCUCAAGGACUUUGGCAAUCAUGCCAACGAUGCUGUGCGCUGGGUUGUGUCCAACAUUCCCCGAGCUGACGCGACGCAACUCUCGUCCAUUCUGAUUGGCGGCAAGUACGAUCUGGUCUACACGCACUUGUCCUGGGAGCCUCGUACGCGCGUUCUAUUCGUUGACGUCCCUUCACUUCAACAAAUCGAUUUGCAUCAAGUAUACAUAUCAACCUCCCUUGGAACGGAAGCAAUCAAGCGACACUUGGCCAGGUUCAAUCCUCCAGCCGCGUCAACGGAACCCAAGCCCAGCAACGCUUCCAUGGCGUCGCUCGCCAGCUCGGCUCCAGUCAUGCGUCAGGCCAACUUGAAUGACGACAUUGGUGUGCUCAACCAAGACAUUACAUGGACGAAAGAAGGGCGCAAGGCGACAGUCGUCGUCGAAAGCUUGCUUCGCCAGCUGAUUGAACUGUGCAACUUUUUUGCGUUCGAAUGGGCGUGCAUUGCGGGCAGCCCGGAGUUCAAGGCGUUUCUGUACGAUUGCGCCGAGCUUCAAAAGGUCUGGCUCAGAUCUCUAUCACGUCCGGAACUGACCGCAUUUUGGCUCAACGUGCACAAUUUGCUGGCUCUGCACCUCUGCGUGAUGCAUAGGCCAUUCGUGCACAUGUCGGCGUUGAAUGUGAAGCAGGUGUCGACCAGCUACAAGUACUGCAUCAGCGGCCUGGACUUUUCGCUGCGUGACAUUUCGCGCACCGUGCUCACGCGGAGCUUCAAGUUGACCGAUCCUCGGCUGGAGCUCACGUUGGCUGCGGAUGAGCGCGUGCAUUUCGGGCUCACCAUGUAUGCGCGUGGAAUGCCUCGGCUGCGCAUUUACGACGCGGCCACCCUCUCAGAAAUGCUCGAUGUUGCCGCUCGUGACGUUGUCAACAUGCUCGUUGUCGUCGACGAGGCCAAAUUGCGACUCACUGCCCCCGAAUGGCUCAAGCGGGCCUACAAGGAUUACUUCAAAUCGCGGCAGUCUGGCGAAAGCGAAUUUGCGAAUUGGCUGUGCUCUUUUCUCCCAGAGAGCGUCGCAAACCGCCUUCAGGAGCAGCGCGUUGCUCAAAAGCGCAAGGCCAUCAAAGUCACCUUUGUGGAGUUUGACUGGUCGCCAGAGCCGUGUCAGUUGCAAGACCAAGAGAUUAGCUCCUCUGGCCAGCCGCUUGCGUCCCUCCUGCAGUCCCGAUCCCUCGUUUCCGUGCCAAAGAGCGUCAUCCCGGGAUCACCGCGAGAGUCCGGCGAUCUGGCCGCAGCCAUCACCGCGCUCAAUGUCGUGCCUGGUCGCUCGCCUGAAACGUCCCCCAAUCUCAAGCGUCGCGGCAUUCCUGGCUUGCCGCCCUCACAACCGACAAGCUACAGCAACGCUCCGGCAGCCUUGAGCUCCCAGUCUGCCAUUUACAACACCCCUCCGCCCACCGUUCUCAUUCAAGCUCCGCCCAGCCCGUCUUCGAUUCCUGGAACGAGCGUCUAAGGCUUUUUUGUUUGGUUUUUAAGUUGCCUUUUCUGUUCAUUCAUUGUUAUGAGCGUUUCUUUUUUUCUCUUUUUUUUUUCUCUAUUUUUUGUUUUUCU